AUGUUUCACAAUGAGACAGACAUCGCGAUUUUGAGAUCCGUGAGCAAAAUGCAUGCAUUUACUGUGGUUGGGAUAUCAGACACAUCAUUCCAUAAGCUCAUCCUGGGUUGCCCGAAGCUCAAGAUUCUAGCGCUUCAUUCUCUCUCCCUUACAAAACCCACACCCCAGGGUUCAUCAGCAUCCAUCUUGAUGAACUUCCUUUGGUCGCUUACACUUGAUUUCAUUGCUUCUAAUGUUGUUGACAUUUUCACACACAUUCUUGCUCCCAACCUCGAAUACCUAGAGGUUUCAGCAGGCGGGCGUGCAAUCAGUCUUGUCAAUGCUCUUCCUAUCACAUCUUCUCAGAAACUGAAACUUGUUGGAGUGACUAGGAGAUUAGGCCAUUAA